UUGUCCGCCCAUUGCAGCUAAUCGAACACACAAGCUCGAAUACAGACACGCUCUUUUGCUAUACCAAAGGCGCCCAGGAGAAGACCCACUCGAGUGAGCGCUCACGGGCGCGCACACACACAGACCACACACACACACACACACACACACACACACACACACACACUCGCGCGCGCCGAGCGCCAGGCUGCGGGUUGGCCAGACCCCGGAAAUCGCAGUAAAGCUCCAGAGGCACCGAAAUAGGUGUUGCCCCCAAAACUAAUUCCUACUUCCCCAAGCACUUUGGUGAAGAAAUGAGUCCAGUCCUGCUCAACAGCGCAUCCAGGUCUGGGUUCUGUUUUGGUCUCCAGACUCUUCAUGAAAGCCAGAUCAAGGGAGAAAGCGAGCCGGCUGCGGGCUUCGGACUCUAAGCGGUGCGCAGAUAGCGCCCGGGGGCUUCGGCCCUGAACCCGGGAACCUCGCGUCUGCCAGCCUCCACCAGAGCGCAGGCAGGGGAGGCAACUGGAGCUAGACCCGCGGCAGGUUUUUAGCAACAUGAGUGCAGGGUCUGGAUUUUACCCAUCAAGAGUUUAUCUCCAGCACCCAAAUCCUGGCAUAUAGUUUAAAUGUUUAUUUGACUACCUGGCUGCUGAUAUAAGAACACAAAAUGAAUAACUCAACAAACUCCUCUAACAAUGGCCUGGGUCUUACCAGUCCUUAUAAGACCUUUGAAGUGGUGUUUAUUGUCCUUGUGGCUGGAUCCCUCAGUUUGGUGACCAUUAUUGGGAACAUCCUGGUCAUGGUUUCCAUUAAAGUCAACCGCCACCUCCAGACCGUCAACAAUUACUUUUUGUUCAGCUUGGCCUGUGCUGACCUCAUCAUAGGUGUUUUCUCCAUGAAUUUGUACACCCUCUACACUGUGAUUGGUUACUGGCCUUUGGGACCUGUGGUGUGUGACCUCUGGCUAGCCCUGGACUAUGUGGUCAGCAAUGCCUCGGUUAUGAAUCUGCUCAUCAUCAGCUUUGACAGGUACUUCUGUGUCACAAAACCUCUGACCUACCCAGUCAAGCGGACCACGAAAAUGGCAGGGAUGAUGAUCGCAGCUGCCUGGGUCCUUUCCUUCAUCCUCUGGGCUCCGGCCAUCCUCUUCUGGCAGUUCAUUGUUGGGGUGAGAACUGUGGAGGAUGGGGAGUGCUACAUUCAGUUUUUUUCCAAUGCUGCUGUCACCUUUGGCACCGCCAUUGCAGCCUUCUAUUUGCCAGUGAUCAUCAUGACUGUGCUAUAUUGGCACAUAUCUCGAGCCAGCAAGAGCAGGAUAAAGAAGGACAAGAAGGAGCCUGUGGCCAACCAAGAUCCAGUUUCUCCCAGUCUGGUACAAGGAAGGAUAGUGAAGCCAAACAACAACAACAUGCCCAGCAGUGAUGAUGGCGUGGAGCAUAACAAAAUCCAGAAUGGCAAAGCACCCAGAGAGGCUGUGACUGAAAACUGUGUCCAGGGGGAGGAGAAAGAGAGCUCCAAUGACUCCACCUCAGUCAGUGCCGUUGCCUCUAAUAUGAGAGAUGAUGAAAUAACUCAGGAUGAAAACACAGUUUCUACUUCCCUGGGCCAUUCCAAAGAUGAGAACUCUAAGCAAACAUGCAUCAAAAUUGUCACCAAGACCCAAAAAGGUGAUCCAUGCACCCCAACUAAUACCACUGUGGAGCUGGUUGGGUCUUCAGGUCAGAAUGGAGAUGAAAAACAGAACAUCGUAGCCCGUAAGAUUGUGAAGAUGACCAAGCAGCCUGCAAAAAAGAAGCCUCCUCCUUCCCGAGAAAAGAAAGUCACGAGGACAAUCUUGGCUAUUCUGUUGGCUUUCAUCAUCACUUGGGCCCCGUACAAUGUCAUGGUGCUCAUUAACACCUUCUGUGCACCCUGCAUCCCCAACACAGUGUGGACCAUCGGUUACUGGCUCUGUUACAUCAACAGCACUAUCAACCCUGCCUGCUAUGCACUUUGUAAUGCCACCUUCAAGAAGACCUUUAAACACUUGCUCAUGUGUCAUUACAAGAACAUAGGCGCUACGAGGUAAAACAUCAUUGACAAAGUGGAAAGUGGGAAAGGGAGCUUGGGAAGAAUACAAGCAGUAAAAGAGCUCCUAGUUUUAAAAUCUCUGCCAUUGCACUUUAUAGUCUUAUUAUGGAAUGUGCAAUUCAGGAGCCCAACAGCGACACUGUUAUCAAGCCUAUGCUCCAGUUUGAGAAACUUGCACCUUAUAAACUGUCAGUUUAGGAGCAAUGAGACAAUGAAAGAGACAUGUUGGAAUUGUGGAUCAGGGAAUGAUCUACAUUUUCUCAUGCUCUCUUAAAGAAGGGCUUCAGAAUCUGCAAUUUUAUCAGUCUGCACAAGAAGAAUAACCUCGUUCUAUUUUUCUGUUUCUUUUUGUUGUUGUUAUUCUCAUGUGUCCAUAUGAGGAUGAAAUACCACAGUUUAAGAUAACAUGGAGACUUAAACAUUAAAAAAAAAAAAUAAACACUAUACGAUGGGGAAGUGAAGAAAGAAAAUCAAGAAAAGGAUCCAGAAAUGGUCUCCAGAGUGUUAAGCAUAUUUUAUCCUUUUGUUAUGGUCUUAUUUGGAGGAUUGCAAUGUAAUAAAUGCUUAUUUUUUUUUCACCUUUCCUUUUUCCACCAUGAAAGGAAAGCAAACAACAAAAAGCCCAAAUAGGUCUCAGCAUUUUUUUUUCAUGCUAUGGCAUUAGUUUUUGGACUUUCCUGUUCUAAUUGUUUAUGGGAAAUCCCUGCAGGACUUCCACUAAAUCCAGCCAGAGAUACUAUGAAAAUGGGCACUUCAGCCCACCCCACUGUGUCUUUUGCAUUCUUGGGGGUAUAAAGUCCAUAUGGAUUGAGUUCAUUUAUGAUUCUCUGUGUGAAAUAUUUUAGCCAAUCUGAUUUUAUCCUAAACCAGCUUUUUAUUUUAACAGAAUAGCCUACCUAAAACAUAAACAUGCCUGAGAAACCAAAGUCAUCAUAAAAUUGAGAUUUCAUUGAGUCAACUGAUGAUCAAUCUAGUGGGAGAAAGUAUGCUAAGACCAGGUGGUUUUUUGAGAUGAAAAAAACUAGAAGUUUGGUAGAGCAUUCUGUUUCAACUUGAAACUGCCCGAUCCAUUUAUCAAAUGUGAACUUUUAAAACAUGAAAUUCUUCCUGACUUUGUCAGCUGGAAAGGAAUAUAUUUGGAAUCUUAAACAGGAUUAACAUCCCCACAUAGCACCAAUGACUUCUGGAUCAGUCCCAAGAGGGUAAGACUUUCUAUCCAAUGCCUGCAAAAGGAUGACACUCAAACGAUAAUCAUGUGAGGUCUGUCACUAGCCUAUGACCCAGUGAAGGGAAAAAUGAAAAGUAAUUCAAAAACAUUUACUGAAACCACAUGUUCCGUAUUCCUCAAAUUGUCAAAUCUCACUAACAUUAGUUAACUUCAAAAUUCUCCUAAUAUAAUUUCAAUAGAAUUAUAGUACUCUUUGGGACAGAAAUCCAGUGGAUAACCGAACAGAGACCAAAUGAGCUCACAGCAUCUGACAGAAGAACAAAGGUAGCUUUUCCCAUGUCACUUCUCACCACCAUCCAAUUCCAAACCACAAAAAACUCAUGUCAGGAGCUACUGUCUAUAGCAUUAUACAGAAUCUCGUCCAUAUAGAGAGUUUUAUUAAUAUUUGGUAGGCCAAAUAAAUAUAAGAUUGUGCUCAUUCCUAUGUAACUAUUUAUUUUUAUUCCUCUUAUUCUUUUCUUACACUAUUUCCUGUAGUCUUUCAAUCAGAUUUUUUUAAAGAUGGCCAAAUCGAUAGAAAUCAAAUUUAUAAAUGUAUUUUUAAAUUUUGUAUUUUACAUUUUAGAUUUAUGGACUUUAUGACAUUUGUCCUCUAAUACAGAUGUGAGUUACAUGAUGAAUUUGUCAGUAUUAAACCCUAGCACUUGUUAGAUUUAUCUUGUAUAACUUGCCUUAUCAAUGGCAUCUCAACAAUUUUGGAAGUUGGAAAAAAAAAAGCACAAUGGAAACAACAACAAAAAAGUUGAAAGUUAGUAAGAAACAAAUCAACAAUAAUAUUUGCAUUUAUCCUUUAUAAAGAUAAUUUUUUAAUCAACUUCAAUCAUUUCUUACCUCCAGAAAUCUUCCAUGUAUAACCAUACAAUAUCAGUUCUUUUACUCUAUGAUUACUUUAAUGUAAACUUUUACAUUUUAAAUCCAUAUUUACAAUUAUAUUGUUUCUUCAAAUCAAUGUAUCAGUUGAGUGGGAAUAACACCAAGCCAAUGGGCUUCCUGGUUUUCUAAAACAAAACAAUUGGCUUUUGUGAAAAGUGAAACAAAACAUUUCACUUUUUAAUUUGUUAUAUUAUUAUGACAUAGACUUGGCUUCAGUUGGGAUGAAACCUUUGGAGUCAAGGAUUCAGGGUCUUUUUUUGUUUGCUGUAACAACCCAACUCACUGUGAAUCAAACUGUCUUUUAUUCUCUGUUGCCAUUGUGUCCUUCCCUUUCUUCCUUGUGUUCUUGAUCUUCGCCACAGCCGCCACAACCUUAUUGAGAGAGAGACUUCAAGUUAAAAAAAGGAAUUUGAAGAUAGACUGACACACCAUGGAAACUUUCUCAAACAGAUCAGAAAAAUGGAAGGAAUACUGAAAACGGUAGAUGACUGGAGAAAGAUGGGGACUGUAUUCAAGGAUUUGUAUUAACCAUUGCUGGAUUUGCCUAUUUAAGUGGCUUUCAAUUAGAGACAAUUUUCCCUCCAAAGGACAUUUAGCAAUGUAGAGACAUCUUUGAUUGUUACAUCUGGGAGGAAAGCUAUUGAUAUCUAGUGGAUUUAGAGGCCACAGAUGCUGCUAAACAGCCUACAAUGUACAGGACAUUUUCCCCCACCCCCUCCAAUCAAAUAUUAUUUCGCUCAAAAUGUCAAUAGUGCCAAGGUUGAGAAACUCUUAUCUAUUUUAAGGGAUUUCUAGAGCUUGCCUCCUCCUAUAAGUGGGAAAAUAAUCCUGCAUCAGUUUUUAGAGUGGCAAUGCAAAUUGCUCACCUGUUUGAACAAAGCAAUGCUCACCAACAAUCAUGUAUCAGAAAAACUCAUCCAUUGAGUCUGGUAUAUUUGUAAUUCACACAGAUUGGGAACAUAAGCCACAACUACAUAUUCAAAAUCACCAGACUAUGCACAUGGCAUGUAAGUUCCAGCAUCUUAAUGUUCAAUCAUGACUGCCACAAAGACUAGUCAAUUGAGGUUACAGUAGUUGGCCAUCAAAAUGGUUGCAGUUGAUAUGGUCAGUUUCUAUUGCAGCUGCAAUUUUUACUUUCAUAAACAUUAAAAGCCUCUUUCAGAAACAAUAUGAUUCAUCUGCUUUCACUGGAAAGGUGAAUAUCUGUCAAGUCUAUAUUUCUUCUCUCUUCAUAGCAAUAAUGUAAAUAUCUCAGAGUGGUCUUAUGAAAAGAGGAGAUUAAGAAUAUGAAAAAAAAGCCAGUUCAUUUCUUGAAAAGAGAAAUUAUUUCCUUUUUACCAGUUCAUCACUAAUUUAAUGCCAGCUCCCAAGUAUUAGGACAAAAAUCACCAAUAUAUUAAGUCACAAGGGAUAAACUUUCUAGUUUGAAAUGUGGAAGCUGGAGGUUCCAUAUUUUUCUGCUCUUUGUCCAUUCACUGCUUUUUUGAUCCUGAAGAUCUGGCAUUGGGGGAGACAGGAGUUCAAAAUCAUGGCAACAAUUACUCGGCAAUGAACUCUACUUCUAUUUUUCCCUCUUAGUUCACUGAUAGUUGCUUCCCCCCAGUUUAGUAAUAUCCCUUUCAACAACCAUAGCACCGGUGUUGCAAAUAGAUUAGGAAAGCACCCAAAGCUGGAUGAAAUUGUGCAAAGUGUAUUUGCAGCAUGUAUAUAUAAUACCAUGCCUCUUAAACAUGCUUCUCUUAAAAGGGUGCACACUGUAGCAUGAACUGUGUGCAUAUUUAAUGUAUCUUCCUGGAAUAUGCUAUAUGCUUCAUAUAUAUAUAUUCUAUAAAUAAAAUAAUAAAAUGUACAAUAGAAAUACAUAUUUCUGUAUGCAAAUAAAUAUAUUAUACACAAAAUUUUAA